AUGACACUACCUCCCCUACCAUUUAAAGUAAAAACUACUGUCUCGUGGCCAGGUGAAGAGUCUGGAGAUUUGGGGUUUCUUGAAAAUGAAUUGAUUCAAGUGUUUUCCAUAGUUGAUGAGAGUUGGUGGAGUGGGAAGUUACGAAGGAAUGGAGCCGAGGGGAUAUUUCCGAGAGAGUAUGUUACUAUCAUGGAGGAUGAAGCGUCGAGAACACCUCCGUCAGGCAUGGGUACCCCAACGAAGAAGAAAUAUACGGGUGACAUCACCACCUCAGUUGAUCGAAUUCCCAAGCAAGCUUCAAACACAAUGUUGAAUUACAAAGUUGGUGAUAUGACAUCACCAAAAGGUUCGUACGAUAGAAUGAACCAAAGUUUCGAUGGAGUUUCUCCGUCAGUGGGAAAAGCCAUGCCCUCUUAUGCAUUCCAAGGAGGUAACAUGAAAUUGAGCCAACAAAAACAAUUGCAGUUACAACGUGAUCGUGAUAUGGAACUUGAAUAUUUCAAGCGUAUGCAGCAACAACUUAAGCAACAAGAACAACAACUCAAGAAUUAUAAGCUUCAUAAAUCGACUCUGGAUUUGAGUAGAAAUAUGAUGGUUUCUCUGCAAAGGGGUAUGGCUCAAUCACAAUCAUAUACACAUGGGAACUCCUACAAAUCAAAUUCAUACGCUGAUAUAAAAUCCGCAGAUAUGGCACAGAAGCAAAAGUAUAAAGGGAAAUUGAUGCAACAGCAAGAACAAAUGCAUUACGGCAGCCACUCGUCAUUGGCGCUCUCGCCUCAUGUUGCCUCACCAAAACAAAGAACCAAAUCAUCACGAGAGCAGGAAUUUGUUAAGGAGUAUGAAAAAAUCGCACGUAAACGUGCUGAGUUGGAGUAUGAAUUACAAAAGCUAAAGAGGAAUGAUCGUGGUGUUCAAUCCCAAGGCCCGGAAACUGCAUCAUCACCUUCAAAGUAUAAAGGUUCAGCAACUAGAACCAAAGAUGAGUAUUCAAUUGACUCAUACGACUCCGUUGAUGAGAGGCACAGGUGCUCGCGUGAUGACUUGAGUAAAAAAAUGUCAAAUUACAUUACUGAUGAAGAAGAAGAUUUGGUGCAUGGUAAAGUGGGUGAUCCACUGAUGCUUAAUUAUGUUAGCCCAAAACACACUGGCAAUAGAUCAGGUGAUGAAUCACCACCACCUCCUCCGCCACCGAAACAUUCUACCCCUUCAAAGUCACAAAUAUCAAGUAGCUUCAACAAUGGACUGAGCUCUAGUCCACAAACGAGAAUUCCCUUUGAUAGCGAUGACUUUCAAACAUCUGGUCAACAAGAUUUUGGAGUUAUCAACAACGAUGACGACUACUAUCGAUUAUACAUGCAACAUGAAGAAUUGAAAAACUCCAUCAAGUCAAUGCAGAGUGAUGUGAUGAACUUGUCUGAAUUGAGCGCAACUAGUGCUGGAUCAUUUAUGAGACACAAGUAUGAAAAGGAUUUACAACAAAGUCAAUCACGUUUGAAGGGAAUGAGUAUCAAUGAGGAUAUUUAUGAUUCCACCAUGGUUGAUGAUGACGAUGCUGCUGAGUAUGAUGAUUUAGCAUUGGAGUCUAAAUCGGAUGUUAUGAGUGCUGUGUUUGAAGAUAAGAAAAAGGCAAAUGGAAAUAUUUUCAAAAAGUUAUUGAAAAGAUCAACCCAGGAACAGUUGAAUCCUAUUGAACAAAGAUUACAACGUCAAGAUGAAAUUGAUUUGGUUAGUUACAAAUUGGAUAUUAAUAGAAUGAACUCAUUAACAUCAAAAGAGAAGCAGGGAAGAACUAAACGUGUGGUGAAAAGUGAAGCAAACUUAGUUGUUAAGCCAUUGGAUUACAUUUCGGAAAUAAAUACCAAUGAAACUGCCGGUUUCAACAAUGGAGAAUACAUUACUGAUGAUGAGAACAAUGGGUAUAUUGAUUUAUCUCAGAUCCCAUAUUCCAAAAUUGAUGCAUUCAUUGCCAAUUAUGACAUUCGUUACGACUUGAAUGAAUUUAUAUCAGACAUUUCUGCCAAAUUCCACAAUUUUGACUUGUCCAAAAUUAGAUGUGUGUUGCUACAUUUGUGCAAGUUUCACAUAAUUGAGGAAGAUGCCCAAGAAGGAGAUGCAUCUGCAGGAAUUUCCCAAGUGAAACCGAAAUUAAAAGAAGUUCAACUGAAGGGAGAAGCUUCAAUAUUCCAAAUCAACUACAUUUUCAAAAAGAUUCUUGAUGCAUUGAGGAUCCCCUGUGAGAUCGUAUUGGGAUUCUGGAAGAAACCCAAUGAGUUUUACCAUAAUGAACAAUAUGUCAUCAAUCAUUGUUGGUUAUCGGUAUUGAUUGAAGACAAGUUUCGAUUAAUUGAUAUUUACAAUUUCACAAAUCCAUCCAUUUGCAAUUUACAACGUAUUACUUUUAAUGAGUUUUAUUUCCUUGCACAACCCUUGAGCUUAGUUUCAACUCAUAUUCCAUCCAUUAUUGAUUUACAACAUGUAACACCACCAAUUGACCCGAGUAUUGCAUUUUAUUUACCGCGUACAUAUUCAGGGUUUUAUGCUAAUGAUUUAUCAUUCCACAAUUUCAACAAUGCAUUGACUAGAUUGAAAGACUUGGAGAUUUGUGAAUUGGAGUUGUAUGUCCCCACUGAUGUUGAGUUGUUCACCUUGGUUAAGACUUCUAAAAUAACCACUAAUGAUUUAAGUUUAUGUCAAAUCAAGUGGGUUAACCACAAACGUAUGGCUAAAAUCAAAGCCAUCUUACCCAAGAAUGAGUCCAUUGGAGUAUUACAAAUCUUUGCUGGACCCAAAGGGUUACAGAAACAUUUUGAUAAUAUCCAUCAGUUAUCAAUUGUGAUUCCAUUAACUCAUCAAGGUUCCAAUAGACAAACUAAAUUUGUGCAAAGAUUCCCAACGGUACAAAGUCAACUGAAUGAUUUGUAUAUCGUCAAGCCACAAGCUAACAAACUUUUGUUGAAAACCACGUAUCUGUUUCAAAUCGAGCAGUAUCCUAGUCAAGGGUUGCGCCAUGCAGCAAAAGCAGCAAGUAACGGUAAGUCAUCAAUAUUGCCAGAUUUCAAAGUGAUCAUUGAAUCACCACUGGGUAAAUACUUUAAAUUGACUCGUGAUGAAGAUGAAAUAGAAGGUCGUCAUGGUGAUGGGAGAGUUACUGGCUCAUUUCCUAAACCAUUUGGUGUUUAUUCAUCCAAUAUAAAGUGUCAAGAACUAGGCGUGUAUCGUGGAUUAGUCAUUGGUGAUAAUGGUAAUAGUUGGUAUGUGUUUGCUCAAUGGGAAUGUGUUCAGAGUCUAGGUGGGUGA